AUGAUUCGGUUUCUCAUUGAAAUUAAUGAAACGAUCCAUGUUGAAAAUGUUACCAUAGCUUUAUGUAAAGAAAUUAGACUGUUUUUCGACAUUGAUGUUUGUAUCGGAGCUCUACAUGAAUAUAAGGAUGCUGCAAUUGAAAUAUUGUCUAUAACUCCUCUUACCAAUAAAGAAUUAUGUGCAGUUGCUUUUGAUUGUGAGAAUCAAUCUGAUUUUCCUAUUCUACGAUGGAAUAUCACUAUACCUGGCUCUAAACCACCUCCAAAACCACCACAACCUCCUGCAUCUGGAUCACCCAAACUGAAAGUUCUUCAUCUAUCUGAUAUUCAUGUGGAUUUUGCCUACAAACCAGGCUCACAAGCAGAAUGUACCCAACCAAUAUGCUGUCGAGAAGGUCAACCUUAUCCUAGACAUGCUGGUGCUGGUUUCUGGGGUGAUUAUCGUAAUUGUGAUUUACCUUUCUGGACAGCUCAAACUAUCCUACAAUAUGCUUCUGAACUAGAAGAUUAUGAUUUCAUCUAUUAUACUGGUGAUUUACCACCUCACAAUGUAUGGAAUCAAUCUCGUGCUGAUCAACUCUAUGCGAUUAAAACUAUUAAUCAAUUAUUAGCUAGGACUUUUCCUAAUAAAACUUUCUAUCCAGCAGUUGGAAAUCAUGAAGCAGCACCUUGCAAUCUUUAUCCUACACCUAUUAUUAAAACAGAUAAUAUUACAUGGUUGUACGAAGCAUUAGCUGAUAGUUGGCUGACACUUGGUUUACCUUCUGAUACACGUGAUAGUAUUACACGUGGAGCUUUCUAUACAACAAUUGUACGUCCUGGUUUACGAUUAAUAUCACUCAAUAUGAAUUAUUGUGCACCCGAUAACUUUUGGUUAUUUGUCAAUGCAACUGAUCCACUUGGCCAACUUGAAUGGUUGAUACAAUGGUUACAAUAUGCUGAAGAUCAUGACGAAAAAGUUCAUAUUAUUGCACAUCAUCCACCACGUUCUUGUUUAGCAGCUUUUAGCUGGAAUUUUCAUAAAAUUAUCAAUCGAUAUGAAAAUACUAUUGCGGGUCAAUUUUAUGGUCAUACACAUAAUGAUGAAUUUAUUGUGUUUUAUGACGAAAUUGAAAAACAACGACCCGUAUCAAUGGCCUAUGUAACACCGUCAUUGACUCCACAAUCAUUUUUAAAUCCAGGUUAUCGUGUUUAUACAAUGGACGGUGCCUAUCCAAAUAGUUCGUAUUGGGUACUUGAUCACCAUACAGUUAUUAUGAACUUAACUGCAUCAAACAUGUAUAAUAGAAGCAUUCUAAUCAAUGAAUAUGCAGCUCGAGAUGCCUAUCAAAUGGAAAAUUUGUUUCCUGCGGAUUGGAACACUCUUAUUCAAAGAAUGAAAAACGAUAUUGAUGGUCCAUUGAUGAGUUUAGCAUAUACAUAUUAUACAAAAUCGUAUGCUACUGGAAGCACCUGUAAUCAUGCAUGUCGACGAGGUCUAUUAUGCAAUUUUAUGACAGCCCGUUCUGAUGAUCCUCAUGCAUGUGACUCUAUUCCAACUUAA